AUUUCUUUCAAUCUCAAUCUCUUUCAUCUAGCAACUGGAAAAACAUAGCCCAGUUAUUCAAUAAAUCCCAAAUUAUAAACCUAAUAAUAAGAAUAUAUUGCAGGAAAAUAUUGCAUUUCAAUUAAAGUGGUGGAUGAUCAAAUAUUAAGGUUAGGGUUUGAAAUAUCCAGAAACAACAUAGUAGACAUUAAUGGAGAUAGAGCUAGAAGAAGCGAAAGCCGAGAUUGAGAGAUUAAAAUGCAUCUUGGCUGAUAAAGAAACUAUUAUAAUAAACUUGGGAGAUACCAAAUCACCUAAAAGCAGUUUAAGUGAGGGGGAUUUGGUGGUUGACCUAGAGAAUAGACACAGAAAGGUGGAGGAAGAGCUCAAAUGGAAGGUGGAAAAGUUCAAGCAUCUCGAAGAAGCACACGAGAAGCUUCGCAAUCAGUUUCAUGAGUGUAAAAGCGAAUGGGAGAAGGAGAAAUCGGCGUUGGUUGAUGAGAUAACCCAACUGCAGGAGAGGUUUGAUGACAAAAACCAGAAAACAGAUGAGCUCAAAUUAGAGUUAGCAAUGUGCAGGCAAGGGUUAGAAAAUGAAGAGAAGCGGAGAAAAAAACUCGAAGAACAUGUUUCUGAUUUGAAAUCAGCAUUAGAAAGCGCAACAAAUGAGGGUAUUGAAGGAAAGAGAGAGGAAGAAUGCUCGGCUGCAGGAAAAAGGGAGGAAGAAGUAGCAAAUCUAAGGCAUUCAUUGCGCGUAAAGGAGAUGGAUUACAAGGAUUUGACAUACAAAGCAAAGAAAUUAGAGAAAGAAAAUCAGGAGUUACUGACCUCCAUUAAAGAACUUCAGGAAGCUCAUAUUCCGAGAGCAGUGCCAACUCCAUCUUCAUGGGCUAAGCUGAAAAGCAGACUCAAAUCAAUAGAACAGAGUCACAGAGAAUGUACAGCUAAUAUUAAAUCAAAAGAAACAGAGUGGAAUUCUAAAACAGAUAGACUUACUCAAGAGCUGAAUAGAACAACUUCUAAUUUAAAGAUGAGAGAUCAAUUCAUAGAAGACCUGAAGACAGAACUAGAAAGGUGCAAUUCCUCAUUGACACAGUUGAAGAUGCAGAAUGAAGAGCUGUCCUUAAUGUUACAGUUGAUGAAAUCCGAAGGCUCAGAAAACAUCAAAAGUGGCGUAGCACAUUUGAUGGAUCAAUUGGAGAAAGAACGCGAGGAGAAACAUGCAAUGCAGGAGGAGCUCGACCAACUUAGAGAUGAACUAGAAUCGGCGCAAGAAUCCCUAGAUAGGUUUAAUUCAGAGUUGACAGAUCGUGCCAAUGACAAAUCUGAACUUGAGUUAGAGUUAGAGAAUUGGAUAUCUGUAGCCGCACACUUAGAAAGACAGGUUACAGGAACUCAAUUGAUGCGUAGAGAGUUAGAAUUAUCCUUGCUUGCACAGGCCGAGGUUGAGGAAAUGCUCAAGCUAGAUACAGUAGAAAAGGAAAAAAGAAUCAGUAAUCUUGAGCAUCAGAUAUUUUUGAUGGACCAAGAGAUAAGAAUUGAAGAACAUGAUGAUGAAGAAAUGGAAGAGGAUGAAAACAUAACACGGCGAUUGAAGAUAUAUGAUGGAGAACAGUUGCAACUGGAGUUACUGGCAAAAGAACUUGAAGAAGCCAUAGUUAGUCAUAUCUUGGGAGAGAGAAACUACAUAUUUGAACAAGAUAAUGAACCUGAACAAAAGCAAGAAAGAAUGGUUCUAGUUGAUGAUCCUAAAGGUGAUGAAGUUUGUGCCUCGAAAGAGAAUGUAACCCACCAACAUUCUCACUUAAGAAAGACAAGCGAUCCCUUCGUUGAGAAAAGAUCACCUUUCAAAGAGCUUAAUUAG